AUGCACAAAAAAGGUAGCAGAGAUCAGUGCGAAAAUUAUAGGGACAUAGCGGUAACAAGUACAGGAAGUAGAAUCUACGGGAAAAUUUUGAAAACCAAAAUAGAGCAGGAGUACAUGGAUAUGGAGGCAGAAGAACAAGCGGGAUUCAGGGCAGGCAGAUCGACAGUAGACCAUUUAUACUGCGUUACCCAAAUUAUAGAAACAAAAGCAGCGUUUGAUCAAGAAAUCCAUUUGCUUUACGUAGAUCUACAAAAAGCCUACGAUAACGAUCAAAUCGUAAUAGCACAAGACCACGAGGAUUUAACUUACAUGGCACGAAAACUUAUUGAAGAAUACAGGAAAUGGGGAUUGGAAGUAAAUGUAAAGAAAACAGAGCGUAUGAAUAUUGGAGGGCCUGUACAGAAUAUUAUCUUAGAGAAUAAUAAAAUAAUCAAAUAUGGCAAUGAAUACAAGUACCUAGGGAUGAAAAUAACACAGGACGGAACUCAAGACAAAGCAAUGAUAGAAAGGAACUCACAAGGAAGAAAAGCCAUAUCCAUGAUAAAUGGAAUACUAUGUGAUCCGCAUAUCUCAAAAGCGAACAAACACCGAAUAUACAACAGCAAGAUGUGA